AUGAUGUUCCCCAGCCUCAUCGCUCCGCCGGCCGUCUACCCCAGCCUCCUGCGGCCGACUCCCACCCUCACCUUGCCUCAGUCGCUGCAGUCAGCUUUUUCCAGCCAUUCCAGCUUCCUGGUGGAAGAUUUGAUCCGGAUCAGCAGGCCUCCCGGUUACCUGCCCAGGAGCCCCCCGCCCAGCAUGUCCCCCCCAACCUCAGCGGCCGGGACGGACUCGGGGACGCCGGAGCUCCCCAGCUCCACCGCCGGCUCCAGAAGGAUCUGCGGAGGGAGGCAGCCCGCUCCCUUGCAAAGCCGCUCUCCGCCCUCUCUCUCGUCCCCGUGCUCCCCCACCCCCAAACCUUUCCGGCCCCGCCGGGUUGCUGGCGUUUACAGGCGGAUCGAGCGUACCGCGGGCACGGCCGGGACUUCCCUCCUCCACCUCCUCCGCCGCAAGGCGCUGGAGAAGAUGUUCCAGAAGCAGAAGUACAUCAGCAAACCCGAUAGGAAGAAGUUGGCGGCCAAGCUGGGCCUCAAGGACUCGCAGGUGAAGAUCUGGUUCCAGAACAGGAGGAUGAAGUGGAGGAACUCCAAAGAAAGAGAGCUCCUCUCCUCUGGGGGCUGCAGAGAACAGACCCUACCCACCAAGUUCAACCCUCACCCAGACCUCAGUGACGUAGGCAAGAAAUGUUCAGGAGAGGAGGAGGAGGAGGAAGUUCCUCCCGUGGCCCCACCCAGCCCCCGGCAUCCCUUAACCUACCACCAGUCCCCAGAACAUCUACACUUGAGGGACAGACUGGACUCCCAGAUGUCUCCUUCGCCAUCCCAUUCUAGCAGCCCCAGCAAACCUUCAGACUUCUCAGACUCAGAGGAAGAGGAGGAUGAAGGGGAAGAGGAAGAGGAGGAGAUAACAGUCUCUUAG